AUGGUGGGAAAUGCCAGGCGAAUGGUAGCGCAGGAAACUGUUGUUCCGGAUUCUGCUACCAACAGCCUGGAUGGAAAGACGGAGAUUGCAGAUAGACGAUUUUUUAUUUUCAAAAAUGUCCAUCGAUUACCAAACAAGCAUUACAAUAAAUGA